AUGGAUGUUGACUAUCCCGGAUGCCCCCUUCGCUUGUACGACUUCUCGACCAACUCAGUGAAGCAUAUGAAGAAAUACACAAUCGAGUGUGAAGGCGUCCCGGAGUAUCAUAUCGUCUCGCACGUCUGGGAUCAACCCACUCAAGCUGCUUUCUACGAGUACAACGCCAGUGGCCCAAGGUCCUUCGACAUUCCUGGGGCUGAUUGGAAGGUGCAGUUCUCGUCUCCCGACAAGUGGGAUGCCAUCCGAAAUUUUUGUAGGCAGAGGGACGUUCGAUGGCUUUGGAUGGACGUCCUGUGCGUUCGACAGUGCGCCGACGACGCCCCGGACCAGCUGCGCGAGAUCGCCGCGGUCGAGAAAGCACGCGAGAUGGAGAACAUGGGCACGUACUAUCGGCAUGCGAAGGCGUGCAUUGUUGUGCCGGCCGCUGGACGCAAAACCAUGGAGAAGUACCGCUCUCUCGAGGUCAUAUAUGACAUGAUCACUAUGCACGAGCCGGACCUUGCAACCCGAGCUGACAAACUCUGGGAUGGCGCGAAGCUCCUUGUCGGCGCCCUUGCGGACUCGUACUUUUGGCAGGCUUGGACUUUUCAGGCGUUGGUACUGUCUAAGCAGUGCUUCUUUACCGACGGGACAGAACUGGACCUCGAUAAACUGCAUCUCCUCGUGAAGUGGUAUCCUGGACGCUUGGAUUCGCUUGCGCAGUUUAGGCCGGGGAAAUUCAAUAGGCAAGAAAUUGAAACAGCGAAAGCGUAUGUGGAAGACCUUGGCAUGCAAUGGAGCAUCCGAGACGAUCUACGCGUGAAUGGUCACGUCAACAUUCUCAAGCUUCUUACCUACACCGCGCGCAGGGAAUCCAAAUAUCAUAUUGACCUCCUCUUCUCGUUGUUUGGUCUGCUCAAGGACGUCGAGAAAGUGCGUAUCGAUCCACGCGCGAUGGUUCUGCCGUUGGUCUUCCAAGGUGCCGACUCGAAAAUCUCCCGCGACAUCUGGAGGAGUAUUCUCAAGAAGGCGGUCGUUUCUGGCGAUAUGUGGCCGCUUUUGAACGACUUUAUUGAUCCUCCGCUUAAUUUCGGCGAUAAACCUCACUCCGGGCUUCACCUUGAGACGUUCUCAACUGUAAAUAUCAACUCCGGAGGUAUCUUUCACGUGGGCCCUGGCGUAAACCUGGAUGUUCGUCUGGUGGGUACGGUGGUGGACGCAUCUGACGACUUUCAAGGAAUGAACACCUCGAACGACGUGUUGCGCAUGGUGUCCAAGAUCUACGAGUGCUCUACGUGGGGAUUCGAUUGUGGGCCCGCUGUGAGGCAGCUCGUGCUAGCGGCCAAGGACGACCCGGAUGCGCAGGGACGGCCUUUCCUCGUCAAUUUCGAAUGCGAGCACGUUAUCAAUGCCGCGUUUACAGAGUGUUCUGCGGAAGUUUGUAACAUGCAUUUGACUUCUAAAGUGAUGGUCGACCGCAUUUUCCGCGGCGGGAAGGCGUCCGGCGGCAUUACCUCAGGCAACCACCGUGUCAUUGUCAUCCAGCCAGAGGGUGAAGAAUACUCGCAGGCCUUCGUGGCGAUUGCAUGGAUCAAUCCAUACGAGGAGGUGAAGGGGGCAUCUGUUUUUGAUGUCACGACCGAGCCGAUCGAGAACGUGAAACGGUGGGUGGUUGCAAACGAGGUGAGGUCGGGGAUGGUCCAGAAGAUCGGGUCCGUAGCGGCUUGUGCGGUAACGUGGAGUGUCUCGAGCAAGCGGGUGAAUAUUCAGUAUUCGUAG